AUGGCACACACGCAUGAUGGUUCAGUGGAACCUAACCUCUCUACAGGCGAACAAACGACAAUGGCUGCCAACGUUUCUCAUGGCCGUGGCGGUGCCGCCAACAUCGGACCUGACGAUACCCCAUACACUGACGGCGAAAUCGUACGUGAAGGCCCAACCGGCAACCAAGGCGACGGGCCCUAUUCGGCAGGACGUGGAGGAGCUGGCAACAUCGACAAAGAUGGAGUAGCAGCGGGAGGCACACCUCACGAUACCGAAAUCGUUCCCGAGACAGCCACUCGCAUUGUCAAGGAAGAGUCCCACCACGUUGGUCGCGGAGGCGCAGGCAACGAGCAACAUGUGCACGAGAAGAAGCCCUCCAUCCUGGACAAGCUCAAGAAGAUCUUCAAGUGA